AUGAUGAUUAGCUGGAACAUAAGAGGGCUUAAUAAACAAGCUAGAUGCAGUGAGGUUAAACCCCACCUCAGAAAAUUCCAGGGAAGGAUUGGAACUAUAGUGAUAACUAUAACUCAUCCUAAUGGUAGAGUGUGGCUCAUGUGGAAACCUAAUAUUUGGGAUGUGAAGGUUAUAAAGGAAACUGAUCAGGUUAUUCAUAGUGUGAUGUAUAUGAAAGAUGGUAGUUUCUCACAUUUCCUAUCUGAUAUGUAUGCUCAUAAUCAAAUUGCUAAAAGGAAACAACUGUGGGAGAACAUACAAGAGUUUGGAAACACUGUGAAAGGCCAUUGGAUUGUCAUAGGGGAUUUUAAUAAUGUUCUUAAGAUCAAUGACAUAAUUGGAGGCAAUGAGUAUAAUGCUAUAGUGAAAAACAGCUGGGAACAAGAUGAACUGGGCAGACCAAUGUACAAAUUAUGGAAGAAACUCAUAAGGCUCCAGCCACACCUUAGGAAGCUUACCACAGAAGUAACAAGAGGAGUUCAGAAUAUCCAAGAUAGUAGAGUAAUGUUGGACCAGGCUCAGAAAGCUCUCUCUGCUGAUAUGUUCAAUCAGCAACUCAUUGAAAAUGAGAAAUUCUGGUGUGAAGAAGUUAUCAACAAUACUGAGUUGGAAGAGAAAAUCUUGCUGCAGAAAUCCAAAAUUGAUUGGCUCAAGUUGGGUGAUGGUAAUAAUCAAUAUUUCUAUGCCAACCUCAAAGAGAAAAAUAGACAAGCCUCAUUACACAAGUUAGAAGACAAAAAUGGGAGGAGUCUAACUGAGUUUACAGAUAUGGAAAAUGAGAUCCUGAAUUUCUAUGGGGAGUUGAUUGGAACUGCAUCCCCAUCACUCCCCCAUGUAGACAUAGAGGCUCUUAGAAGAGGAAGACAAUUGCCAAUGGAGAAACAUAACUGCCUUAUUAACCUAGUUAGUGAAACAGAAAUUUGGCAAGCCCUGCAAAGCAUAGGAGAUAAUAAAGCUUCUAGGGCAGAUGGAUAUAAUGCUCUUUUUUAA